AUGGAGCUCCAGUACCUGGAAGUCCCCCUAGCACCCGAAGGCAGCGGUGGAUGUCAUAGCUGCAAGCGUGCCCAGCUGGAAGAUCUCCUUGGACAAGUAACUAUGCUACAAGAGGAGCUCGACAGGCAGCGCGGUAUCCGGGAACGCGAGCAGGGGAUCGACGCGUGGUAUCCCCCGGUAAGCGCCAGGUCGACGAGGGCGGACCCGCCAAGGGGGCGGGGACAAGCGGCAACGACAGACGAGACAGCCAAUCGAGACGCGGGAUCGGCCGGCGGCGAUCUGGCGGCCCAAUGGGCGCCGCGGAGGGCCUGGCCGAGCGGAGGAAGCGCGGGGGCGACAACGGGCGCUGUCGUGGCUGGCGAGAUUGUUGGGGCGCGGGCCGCCCGGCCCGGUGGCGCCACUACUGUCUUCGGAAAGAUCACCGGCAAGGCGCUUCCCGCCAACGUCAUCUACGAGGACGAGGAGCGCCUCGCGUUCCAUGAUCUUUCGCCCCAAGCUCCGACGCUUUUCCUAGUCACGCCUGAGGAGCCAAUUAUCGGGUUAUCUGACGCAGAAGGUUCUGGUGAAUCUCUUCUUGGGCAUUUCAUGAUUGUUGGCAAGAAGCGUGCUGCUCACCUGGGCCUGACCAAUGGAUUCCGGAUGGUUGUGGAUGAAGGGCCCGAGGGCGGGCAGUCUGUCUGUCACGUACAUCUACAUAUUCUGGGUGGCCGUCAGUUGGGCUGGCCGCCUGGCUAAGAUUUUUGCACCGCAAGAGUUGCUGCACCUGUACAAAUCGCCACUGAAUGGAUUUCGUCUGUUGCCCGUCAGUCUAGUAGCCGCUGUUGACGUCUAAUUUUUUGUGACGUGUGUCUGUGGAAGGUAAUAAAAGCUUUGAGCAGCAGUUGCACAAUAAAGAUUUAGCAUGGGGAUAUCA